CACGGGGCGGGGAUCCGGGGAAGUGACGCAAGCAGGGCGGGCGGCCUGGGACGGCUGUCGGGACGCUGGGAGCAUGUCGGCUCUGGCCCGACUGGCGCCUUUCGCUCGCGGAGGAGGCCGCCUCUUCAGAGCUUGCUGCGCACGGACGGGUGGAGGCAGCGGAGUGCGCCAUGCUGGUGGUGGUGUGCAUAUUGAGCCUCGGUAUAGGCAGUUUCCCCAGCUGACCAGAUACCAGGUGAUCCUGGGUGAGUUCUUCAGUGCGACCAUGUGGUUCUGGAUUCUCUGGCGCUUUUGGCAUGACUCAGAUGCUGUGCUGGGUCAUUUUACAUAUCCAGAUCCUUCCCAGUGGACAGAUGAGGAAUUAGGUAUCCCUCCUGAUGAUGAAGACUGAAAGUGUACACUCAGCUCUUUCCAAGAGCAAGGUGAGAAUUUCAAGAAAUUAUGGACUUCAUAGAGUACAUUAAAAGUUGUAUAUUAAAGUGAUUUGUAAAAACAAUAAACAAAAAAAUAAAGUGAUUUAGCCAAGAACGAAGAAUUGAA